CGAUUCAAAAUAUUCCAGAGGAAUUGAAACGCACCAUACCAAAGCCGCAUGCUGAUGCCUGCCCGUCAUAUGAUCAACUUUCCACCCUCAGACUCCAACACUCACCAUGCUGCCAGCUGCAACACACAGAAGGAAACGCCAGAGACUCCUCCUCGUUUGAUCCAGGCUUCACAGUGUGUGUAGAGCUAAUGCGGCGCUUUUAACCCUCACAAGAGAGUUUUUUUCCCCCCCGAAACAGGCGAUCUUGCAUCUGCACAGUUCUGUCUUUCAAACAAGGUUAAACUCUGGGCGCGUUUUUGCGCUUUUGAUCUGAAGGAUUUUUGUGUGAGUGACAGGUAAAUGGAGUCAUCCCUUGAGUUGUCAAACUCUAUGAGCAGCGUGUCCUCACUGCUGAAUCGCUCUCGGACUUUUAAAGUUCUUGUGAUAGGUGACUCCGGGGUGGGGAAGACCUGUCUCACACACCGACUCUGCGCCGGAGAGUUCCCCAACAGAGUUGAGGCAACCAUUGGGGUGGACUUCCGCGAGAAAGUGCUGGAUAUCGAUGGAGAGAAAAUUAAGCUACAGCUGUGGGACACAGCAGGACAGGAGCGUUUCCGUAAGUCCAUGGUGCAACACUACUAUCGUAACGUCCACGCAGUGCUCUUCAUAUAUGAUGUGAUGCGUCCUACCAGCUUCAGUGGCCUGACUGCCUGGGUAGAGGAGUGCAGGCAGAACUCUCUGGGACAGGACAUCCCCAGGUUCCUGGUGGGCAACAAGAGUGACCUCAGAGACCCCCGCAGGACUGAGGGCCAGGUGAGCCAGGAUCUUGCAAUGGGCUUUGCCAAAGCCAAUCGCAUGUUGUUUUUUGAGACUUCUGCCAAAAACCCACCAAACAAAUGUGUGACAGUUGGACAAGGUGAUGGGGAUGUGCCGUAUCAGCAGGAUAAGCUGGAGGACAUCGUUGUUGCUCUUGGGGGCAAAUUGAAGAGGCAGAAGAAAGUUUCAGCGCACACCUCGGCGUACACUGGGUCCUUUAACGUGAGCAGGAAAAGAGCGGAGAAGGAGCAGUGGGCCUGCUGCUGAGACAAAACCAGAGGGAACUUUUGGCCUUUCAGAUGACAGAAUGUGACUUUUAUAUCUUUGUGAGUGUAUGGCUGUGUUUGAUGUGUGUGAGAGAGAAUGACUGUAUUAUGCAUUAUGUUCACUUGUGACCAAAGAUCAGAAAUGCAAGACUUUUAUAUUUGAAAUACAGUUUUCCUACUUUAUUAUACACUUUAAAAUAUGCCAGAUGUUCUAAUGUUAAUUUUGUGUAUAUUUUUGAUUUUCUUGUUUACAUACCUGACAAAUAAAAACACUGAAAGUAUUA